UGGCCAGAAGGGGGAGGGGAAAGCUAAAGGAGGCUCUGCCUUUGUGGGGAGUUGACUCAGAGCUGGAGAAGAACCUCUGGGAGCUGGGGGAGCUGGCCCUUCCCUUCAGACAUGCUGCUGUUCCCCUGACCUCAGGGGCUCCGGACCUGAAGAUGAAGCAGCUGAGACAAAUCGGUUGAGUGACACAGUGAUGGACAUCCAGGGCCAGAUUUGGACUCCCAUAUUCCUGAUUUUGGACUGGGCCAUCGAGUUACUGAUUUGUCUCGGACUUCUGCCUUACCACUGGACUCCAAUGACCCUGGAGGAAAGACUGAGGCUGAGAACUCUGCCCAGCGCAUGCUCCCGCCAUGGGCUGCAUGCCCUGCAAGGAGAAGGCUGGAUCCGAUGCCAAGCUUGAGGCCCUCCAUGAGGACAUUGCAAAAGGGGGGCAAGGCUAUGGGGACCGCUACAGUCCCGAGCCCACCAGGGUCACCUCCUCGUCUUCCUCCCAUGUGCCCAGCAUCAGCCAUUUCUCCCAGCAAAUGCUCAGUGGGCCGUCCUUCCUGACUCCCAUCUCCCCCAAACCUGGAGGCAUUGCAGGGACCGGGGUGACCCUCUUUGUGGCCCUUUAUGGGUACGAUGCCAGGACUGCCGAUGACCUCACCUUCACCAAAGGAGAAAAAUUCCACAUCCUCAACAACACCGAGGGCGACUGGUGGGAGGCCAGAUCCCUGAGCUCCGGACGCACUGGAUACAUCCCCAGCAACUACGUGGCUCCUGUGAACUCCAUCCAGGCAGAAGAGUGGUACUUUGGGAAAAUAGGUCGGAAGGAUGCUGAAAGGCAGCUGCUGGGCCCCAGCAACCCUCGAGGAACCUUUCUUAUCCGGGAAAGCGAGACUACUCAAGGGGCCUAUUCUCUGUCCAUGCGGGACUGGGACGAGAAUAAAGGAGACCACAUAAAACAUUACAAGAUCCGUAAACUGGACAAUGGUGGGUAUUACAUCACCACGCGGGCCCAGUUUGAGUCCGUCCAGAAGUUGGUGGAGCACUACACCGAAGUCAACGAUGGACUUUGUUACCUCCUCACAAAGCCUUGCGUCGUCAUGAAACCAGGAACCCUGGGUUUGGGUAAAGAUGCCUGGGAGAUCAGCAGAGACUCCAUCACCUUGGACAAAAAACUGGGCAUGGGCUGCUUCGGGGAUGUAUGGAUGGGCACUUGGAACGGCUGCACCAAGGUGGCCGUGAAAACCCUGAAGCCAGGCACAAUGUCUGCGCCAGCCUUCCUGGAGGAGGCCCAGAUCAUGAAGAGGCUGCGCCAUGACAAGCUGGUGCAACUGUACGCUGUGGUGUCAGAGGAGCCCAUCUACAUCAUCACCGAGUACAUGAGCCACGGGAGUCUGCUGGAAUUCCUCAAGGAGGGGGAAGGCCGCAACCUGACUCUGCCCUACCUAGUAGACAUGGCGGCCCAGGUGGCCGCAGGGAUGGCGUACAUGGAGCUCAUGAAUUACAUUCACCGAGACCUGCGGGCAGCCAACAUCCUGGUGGGGGACAGACUAGUGUGCAAGGUCGCUGACUUUGGACUGGCCCGGCUCAUUGAGGAUAAUGAGUACAACCCCCGCCAAGGUGCCAAAUUUCCCAUCAAGUGGACGGCUCCAGAGGCCGCACUCUUCGGCAGGUUCACCAUCAAGUCGGAUGUCUGGUCUUUUGGGAUCCUACUCACAGAACUCAUCACCAAGGGCCGGGUCCCCUACCCAGGCAUGAAUAACCGGGAGGUGCUGGAGCAGGUGGAACGGGGUUAUCGAAUGCAGUGCCCUCCCGGAUGCCCACCAUCUCUGUAUGAGAUCAUGGAACAGUGUUGGCGGCAGGUCGCUGAGGAGAGGCCAACUUUUGAAUACCUCCAGUCCUUCCUUGAGGACUACUUCACCUCCACGGAGCCCCAGUACCAGCCAGGGGACGAGUCCUAACCUGUGCUUCCUGCUGCCAGAGCGCCGGGCACCCUGAGCCCUGCCCACCAGGGACUCGACUCCUGAGCCCUUUCCCUGCCCUUGGAAGCUCCAUUCCAGGGCCUGGCUGGGGUCCGGGACCUUCUCCAUCCCUACUUCUGCUCCAGGUCCAACCACCCUGAAAAGGAUGCACUUGAACGGCCCCCCACUCUGGGUCUCUCUUCUUAAUCUUUAGGUUUCACUAGUGCAUCCUUAGCCUUUCCAAGUCUUAAGGCCCAUCCUGUUGGCACUCCAGAUCCCACUGCUCUGACCUUAUUAUUUAUGAAGUCAUUCUCCCUCCUUUUUCUGAGCCUUCCCAUCCUUGCCCCUCUCUGGAUACCUGCCCACCCACCCUCAGGCCCUUCCCUAUGAUUUGUCCUUCCCCCUGUUGUGGCCCCCAUCUCUGUCCCCUCCAAUUCUUUCUGCCUCUCUUGCUGCUGUACCUAGAACUGGAGGCGGGCUGGGAGGAGGACCAUACUCUUGCCUGUGUGUUUAUUUUUUUUAAUCAAUUCUGUAAAUAAAGAAAAAAAAUUGUCUCUCA